AUGCAAUUAAAUCUGGAGCUCCUCUGCUCCCAAUGUUAUAUCUACCGCGUACGGAGAGGGAAGAGCCGUCGAGUGGAUCUCGUGGAGGGGGCCUCUGCUGGCCGCCGGCCGCCGGCCCCCGGCCUCUGCUGGCCGCCGGCCGCCGGCCCCCGGCCUCCUCCCUGGUCCGGUAAGUCCUGUCGACCACCGGCGACCUGCUCGCUGCUGAGUGUGUGCAGCGGCCCGAAGAGGCACGUCCAGCCCGGAUCUCGCAAGACAGCGAUAUCAGGCACGGGAUUGGCUGGGCUAGGAGCGGUUGGCAGGGAUUGUUUUGGUGAUAUUGUCUUUUCAGUGGCUUCCUAUUUUCAUGGAUGCUCGGAUGCAGAGGAAGCUGAAGUCCAGGUCCUAUCUUUUGGCCUCAACCAGGAUCGUAAAUUGAAUUUGAACAAAGUGCAGAUGAAGACCGAUUGCAUCACAGUAAUGGCCGCUGUGAAUGAUUGUAAUGUUAGCAGGGGCAGCUCGUGGGCUUGCUAUGAUAACUCUAAGGAUAUUAAGGAGGUUGGAGUUUGUUCUGUUUCCAAAGUCCAUAGGGAGAGCAAUGUGGUCGCGCAUGAGCUUGCUGCCCAUGCUAGAGUGAAUGGGGAUUUCUUUGUGUUAGUUGAUGUGCCACAAGCUUAGAAACAUGUAAUUGCUUCCGAUUGUAACCCAGGUUUAUUGAUGUAAAUGAAGCUCUCCCUUUCCUCAAAAAAUAUAUAUUUCUUUUCUAUCCUACCUAUUGUUUUCUAAAGCCCUCUAGUUGUGAGUAGCUAUGAGUAGAAUGGUGAAUCUUAAAUAAUGUUUUCUAGAGUAUUCCAGCUAUAAGUGGGAGUAUGUGAAGGCUUCAAGAGCCCUAUAAAUUAGAGAUUCUCACCUCUACUUUAUAUCCAGACUAUGUACCCCCACUAUCUAUAAUAGAACUUGAUGUUUUUAUCUAA